GCAGACAUGAGACCGCACACACCAGCUACAACACUCCACCGAAGCGAAAGGGGACGAAGGUUUGCACGUCGCCAAGUCCAGAACCAUUAGCUAGAAGAAGAGAAGGGGAUCCAUCGAACGACGCGAGGAGAGCGGUGGCAAUGGCGUCGCUUCUGUCGCCCAACACCGUCGCUGCGACCACGGCGAGGCCGACCGGCAGGAGGGGCCGCCUUGCUCCCAGUGUCACCGCCAUGGCAACCAAGGGCCCGAAGCCCAGCUCCGGCGGCACGAAAAGAUCGUCGGGCACUACCACGGUGUUCCCGGUGGGGAAGCCCGCGGGCCCGCCGCGGCCGGCGACGACGAAGGGGUCAGCGCCCGUGAAGCUGCUGACGAACGUGGAGAAGCUGCGGCUGCUGACCAAGGCGGAGAAGGCGGGCCUUCUGUCCGCGGCGGAGCGUGCCGGGCUGUCGCUGUCGGCGGUGGAGCGGCUCGGACUGCUGUCCAAGGCGGAGGAGCUCGGGGUGUUGUCGGCCGCCACCGACCCCGGCACCCCCGGCUCGCUGCAGGGCCUCGCGCUCCUGCUGCUGGCCGCCGGCCCCGCCGUCGUCUUCCUCGUCCCUGAGCAGUACCCCUGGGAGGUGGCGCUCCAGGCCGUCGCCGCCCUCGUCUGCGUCGCCGGCGGCUCCGCCGCGUUCGCCGCAUCCAGCUUCGUGUCCAGGCUCCAGGGCUCCUCCGGCUGAUCUCAACGGCCUCUGCUUGCUUAUGCGCGCCCGUGGGUAUGGCGCAUUCAGCAUCGACCGAGUGUCAAUUGCCGCGUUUGAUUCUAGCACCGCCACCGAUGAUCUUGCGUAGAGUUAAUCUACUUCUGUAAAGAUGUCUGGUGUUCAUACGGUUGCAAUACUGCAGGUUUUUGUAUUAAGGAAGCGCUUCUGUACUUAGUUUUCCGGUAAUAAAAGGAUUCAGAAUCAGAAUUGCUUUCCGAAA